GAAAGAAGUAUUAGAGGUAGAAGAGAAUUUUUGGUGAAUGAUGUUGUUCAACGAAGGACAGUAUUUUAAAGGCCUUCCCCCUUUGCUCCACGGCCAGUGGCGUCGCGUUGCGCCAGAGUGAUGCCUUUUACGUCGCGCCGCAGACCAUGCUUCCUCGAUGCGCCGCCUAUGGCAGCCGUCGUAAUAUUCCCCCGUUCUAUAUCAGCAGCAGCUCAGCCUCAGUAGCGGCUCGUCACAGGGUUCUGUUUUUGGUGGUAUUCGUCGUAAUUCUCUCGUCAACUCGCGGUGAAACAGAGACUGGUCCACCAAGGUACAGUUCUAGAAUAGUGGAGAUACAAACUGGAGCGAUCAGGGGUAUUAUUUUGGAGCUGAAUUCCAGACAUUUGGAACCUGUAGAAGUCUUUCGUGGAGUACCCUACGCAGCACCCCCUGUAGGUCCGCUGAGAUUCCAGCCUCCCCAAGCACCCGUUUCCUGGCCAGGUACCAGGCUAGCUGAUACUUUCGGAGCUGUCUGUCCCCAAAAGUACCCAGAUAUAACAAACAAGACUGCAGCCUUGCAGUUUAUGCCCAAAGGCCGCUAUCAGUAUUUGAAGAAGCUGCUUCCGUUGCUGGCCAAUCAGUCGGAGGACUGCCUGUUCCUGAACAUAUACGUCCCUGGAAGCGGAAAUCGUGGUUUAGAAGCUCCUUACGCUGUUCUGGUGUUCGUCCAUGGUGAAAGUUUUGAAUGGGGAGCUGGACAUCCUUAUGACGGCAGUGUACUAGCCUCCUAUGGACACGUCAUAGUUGUCACAUUAAAUUUCAGAUUAGGAGUACUGGGUUUCUUGAGGACAAAAUCCAGUGCCGAUCCGAACAGUGCAGACAGUGGUAACCUUGGUGUAAAAGACGUCACAGCGGCAUUACAGUGGGUUAAAAUAAAUAUUGGAGCAUUUGGAGGGGAUCCUACUAGGGUCACUUUAGUUGGGCACGACACCGGUGCUGGCAUAGCUAAUUUACUAUUUUUGUCUCCAACAUCUAAAGGGCUUUUCCGGAGAAUAAUAUUACUAAGCGGAUCUGCAUUGAGUCCCUGGGCCACCGCCCAUAACGCUGACAGUUUGCGGUUGACCGUCGGUAAACAAAUGGGUUGUUUGCCCCAAGAUUCUAAAGGAGACGAUAGGGAGGAUAUAGCGGCUUGCCUAAGAUCAAGACCUCUCCAAGCCAUCCUGGACGUCUACCUGGACAGCGUCCGCUUCAUGCCGCGCAUCGCCCCGUCCCUCCCUCUGGACAACGACUCCACCGACCCAGCCUACGCGAUGGAGCACGCCAGCGAGACCUUCAUCACGUGCGAGGUGAUGCUGGGCAUCACCACCACUGAGAGCUACGCUGACUUCAACGCCAACGACAUCCAGUACGGUUUCGAGCAGGACCAAAGGAACCGGGUGCUGCGCACGUACAUCCGCAACACCUACGUGUACCACCUGAACGAGAUUUUCAGUGCCGUGCGGAACGAGUAUACCGACUGGGACAAGCCGAUUCCGCACCCGAUCAAUAUCCGGGAUUCGACGAUGGAAGCGCUGAGUGACGGGCAUACUGUGGCGCCGUUGGUGCGAGUGGCGUAUUUGCACGCGCGGCGCGGUGCGAAAACGUACUUUUUUCACUUCGGGUAUCAGACGAAGGAGAGUGACUAUCCUCAGAGACUAGGCAGCGUGCGAGGCGAAGACCUUACCUACAUUCUCGGCCAGCCCCUUGUUGCCGGCCUGCCGUUUUUUCCCCAGAACUACUCCCGCCAGGACAUGGGAGUGUCGGAGGCGCUGCUCAAUUUCGUGAGCAACUUUGCGAAAACGGGCGACCCCAAUGUACCGGGCAUCCACAAAGAGGUGCCCGAUUACGGCACACCCAGAGAGAAGACGCGCUACAGGGGCCUGACGUGGGAUCCAUACGAAAUAGGGACGCAAUAUUAUUUAAGCAUAACUCUUAAACCGAAAAUGAAGAGCCACUACAGGGGUCACAAAAUGGCCGUGUGGCUUAAUCUGAUUCCGCAGCUGCACCAGCCCGGUGAUGAAGACGUUAACAUGAGACAUCACCAUUUUUACGAACGCGAACCACAUUACUAUGCGGGUGCGGUUAGAGCAGAAUCCUUUACCAGAUUGCCGCCUGUCAUGCAUCCGGCAUCGAUGACUGAUUCACAAAUCAUAGGAGGCAUAGGGGGUGGUAUCAGUUCGGUUAAUACUGAAUGCGUGCCACAGACCACAUCCGACGAGGGAUUGGAUACUGGUGACGACAUGGACAUAGAUGACGAUGAAGAAAGUGAAGAACUUUUAGAGCGUCUUGCCACGAGACAUUACUACAGUUACACAGCAGCCCUAGGAGUGACAGUUGGAGUGGGAUGUCUACUGCUGGUUUUAAACAUGUUAAUAUUUGCAGGAAUAUACUAUCAGAGGGAUCGUGAUAGAAGACGUCACGAUAGAACCAACAAUCAUGGAACCUCAAACCGACUGAGUACCAAUUCAACUCCUUCAACCGACGAAACCAUUCCCAUGUCACAAAGACCCAGUACUCCAGGAAGCAGUGCCCGGCAAUCACCACUCCUAGGCCGAAGGGAUCAUGAGUUAAUGGAAAUACCACAAUGUUAUAAUACUAUACCACGAUCUCAAAACCCGCACGAGUUCCACGCUCCAGGUCCGGCCUCGGCCACCAACACCCUCAAAAAGGAAAAGCCUCCGCCGCCAGUGCGCACCACCAGCAACCCCGCCACCUCCUCAGGCACCGUCAAGAAACGCGUCCAGAUCCAGGAGAUAUCCGUAUAGCAUUCGGACCCGUCGGCCUGCCAGAGCGAUAGGAACCGUCACGGCGCAGCAAAGUGUGACAGGUCCUGUCAUUUUGACGGUUCGACCAACAAAACGUCCCCUCGACCCGACGUCACACCUGACGAUGACGUGGUGUCCUUGGACCAAUGCGAUCUAGUGAGCGUUCGGUUAUAACAGGACGAUGCUGAUGACGAUGUUAUUGUGGUGGUGGUAGAAUAAGUUAGGAGACUUGAGUCUCAUUCAAAAUCUCGAAAUUAUUGGUCGAAACUAGCGUAGAAGUUUGUUCCUCUAAUUUGAAUGUAAACAAUCAGAAUGUCAGAAUUAGUUGAAGUAAUUUUCAGUUUGUAGAAAAAGUUAACACUCUUUCACUUUAUUUUGUUCUAGUGGGCCGAUUUUGAUGACUUUUUAAGCAAUUUGUAUUGUAAUUAUUUGACUUUUUAUUAUAUCUAAAUUAACAAUGAAAGUUUCUAUCUGUCAACUAUACAAAGGAAAACAAAAUGUUGAUAUUUUGUUAAAAGUUCGAAACACCCUGUGGAAUAUACUAACAAAGCAAAGAUUUUAAAAAUUUUAUCAUCUAGGUAUGUCUUUUCUGGAGAGUUUGUUUUUUGAUUCAUCGCAAUAGCUUUAUUUUUGUUCGAGAUAUUCUCUUUUCAAUAAGACAGUAACGAUUUCCAGCAAUUUAUUAUGGUUCCUCAUCACCACACUUAGAAAAAAGUGUUUGUAGUUUUUGUAAUGUCACUGUCAUUGAAAAGUCUAACUAAAAUAUUAUUAUUAUUUAUUGGCGUUAACUCUAGUAGAGAUAGUUUUAAGUUCUGCAGUAUCGGCUAUUGCUGAUUUAAUUGAUCAUGGCAGAGAUCAACUUUUGGACUUAAAACCAUAUCUUGUAGAGUAACUGCCUAACAGAUAAAACAUAAUAAUAUUUUUUAAAGACAGUGACAUAAUAUAAAUUAUAAACACUGUUUGUUGUUGUCAUUACGUUUUCUCAGAGAUGGACAGCUCAGAGCUGAGACCGAAGGAUUUAUUAUAGCUAUACAAGACCAGCAAAUACCAAGUAAAAAUUUUCUAAAAAUAAUAGCCAAAAAGGACUUACCUAAUGACAGAUGCCAACAAUCCAACACAUCUGCUCUGGAUGUACCUAUCUUGCACCGCGGCAUUAUCAGGACAGACACAACCGGGUGGCUGGUAUUCUACACCAAGAAAUCUGCAAAAAAGAAAAUAUUUUAAAUGAAAUUACACCGUACUACCGAUACUUACCUGAAAAAAUAGUAGAAAACGAAACCGUAAAAGUAUACUGGGAUACUGACAUCAUCACAGAGCGUACUGUGCAGCAUAAUAGAUCUGCUAUAGUAGUCUUCUAUAAAAAACAAAAACAUGCUUACCUGCUGGACAUCACAAUACCACUAGACGAAAAUAUUAAAAAUGCAAGAAAAGAGAAAAUCACAAAAUAUGAAGCACUGGCACAAGAACUUAAAGCCAUAUA